GUUGAGUAACUGAGUAACGGGUAUCAGGUAGUCGGAGAACUCGACUAUAACGUUCUCUCUUGUUUUAUUUUAAUAUCUGUUGUGUUAUUGAGUUCGUAUAUACUACAUAUAUGUUUAUGUUUACACAUAUCUAUACGCAUAUCUAUGAUUUUGUACAUCAAAAUAUUUUAUGGAAUACAUAUUUUUGUCGCCGAAGGUUCCAAGAAGAAAAACCACCAUCGUAAGUCCAAGAAUCCUUCUCUGAUAAACGAGCAUAUCCGGGCAUAUCUAAGCAAGGUUUUUAUACCAUUUACUUGUAGAGUAAAAGGGUGACAGGUAGGGAAAAGUAUGUUACAGGACGAAGUACUGGCCCUUGAAAACUCUUACGGCUGGCUAGGUUUGGCUCGGCUGCAACAGACCUGAGAGUUGCCAUUUUUGCUUUCCUGCUAAGCGGCAAAUUAUAAAUUAGAUAAAUAUGUGUCUUUAACCAGACUGAAACUUUUUAAUUAAAAUAUUUAUUAAUUAUUAUUAAUACUUAGUCAUUCUGACCGGAGCAAUCUUUUAAGAAUGGUUCUGAUAGACUAGGGAAAUUUGUUAAAAAGAAAUAAAAAAAGAAAAGACAUUAAAACAGAUCCUAGCAAAAACAGUAUUUCAGUUCCGUUCACAUUUAUUUGGCUGAUCGAUUUCAUUAUUUUUUUAAACAGUAUUAUCUUACAGCCGUAGUUUUGUUCAGUUCAGUUCACAUUUAUUUGGCUGAUCGAUUCAUUAUUGUUUUAACAUUUUAAAUAAAAUUUCGAGAGCAGAUCAAAAGUGUUGCAGUACUUUUUAAUAACAGAUAAAGUAGUAGAAGAGAGUUUGAUUUCCAAUUUGCUCUCGCUGCUACUGCUCCCACCAAUACUGAGAAUUCUUCCAUGGCGCCGCCGAUCAAAGGGGGCGAGUGCUUCUAAGUAGUCGAAUCUGAAGCGUUCUCGCGAGUAGGCGCGUUGAAACCUGAGACUGAAACCUCUGUGUUGUAGGUGCCUUGGUUCCGGAACUGUUAAUUACCAUAAAUAAAUAAAAAAGCGAAGGACAAUGUCUACCAACCUGCAAAAGGCGACCCUUGAGGAAAUUCGCCAUGCGGCCGCGCGUAUUUGCCGAGACUAUCUAACUGGACCCUGGAAAGUGGUUACUCCACAGAAUUUGGUGGUGAAGCGUAUCAGUGGCGGUCUGUCAAAUUUUUUGUAUUACGUAAGCCUUCCCAAUUUAAAUGACUACGAUGAGCUGGAGGAACAAAAACAGCAGCAGGCAAAUGUCAAAGUCAGCGAAGAUGUCAUAGCGGCCACCGAAACUCUGACCAAUAGCAGCAUGAUUUUCACUCACGACGAUAAGUCGGCUGCCAAGGCGGUUGGUGUAACAUUGGUGGCCACGAAAUUAAUAAAAAACGAAGACGUCACUGAAGCAGCACCAAGCGCCAAACAAGCACACAAACGUCAGCGGUGCGAUAGUGAUAGUCGCGACUCCAGUUCUUCGAAACGAUUGCACGCCCUCAAGCAGGAACCCCGUGAGGUCCUACUGCGAAUUUAUGGUCAGACCCAUGGCGAUCACGCGCUGGAGAGCAUGAUUACCGAGUCCGUAGUAUUCGCCCUUCUCAGUGAACGAAACUUCGGCCCCAAACUGCACGGAAUCUUUCCGGGCGGGCGCAUUGAGCAAUAUAUUCCGGCACGCGCUUUGACCACAGCAGAAUUAGGAGAGCAACGAAUAUUGAUGAAAGUUGCAGAGAAAAUGGGUGAGAUCCACAGUCUCAAUAUACCCAUGUCUAAAGAGCCCGAUUGGAUAUGGAAUUGUAUGCAGCGAUGGGUUUCCGGUUUAGAGAGCAUUGUUAGCGGCAGUGUUCAAACGAAUCCAAAAUCGUCAGUAGUGAAGAAGCAAAUGCAAUUGAUGCGGACUUUUGACUACGUUCAAGAAAUCGCCUGGAUUAGGUCGAUUAUCGAUGAAGGGGAAUAUCCAGUUGUGUUCUGUCACAAUGAUCUGCAAGAAGGCAACAUUCUAAUGAGACAAUCGACAGCUGGUCAAAACGAUGGGACCCCCCGGGAAUCUAUAAGUAGCCUGAGAUCCAACUUCGAUGAAACAUUGGGUGAUAGCCUUGAUGGAAAUAGCAAUAUAUCGGACACAGAGACAAACAAAUCACAUAGCGUGUCGCCUUCACCAUGUACUGAGCUGGACACUACGAAUGACUCAGCCCUGGAUGCCAGCUUCAUAGGCGAUAAUGAGCCGGAUCUUAUUAUCAUUGACUUUGAAUAUUGUGCCUACAACUACCGUGGUUAUGAUCUUGCCAAUCAUUUUAUUGAGUGGACUUUCGACUACACCAAUCCACAGUUCCCUUACUUCUACCAUAACUCAAGCAACUGCGCAACUGUGCAGCAGCGCCGCGACUUUAUUGUAAACUAUUUAAAGAAGUAUCACGAUGACGAGAACUAUAAUAUCACUGGUCAGGAGCUGAUAAAAGUAGACGGUGAGAUUCAGUUCUUUACAAUGCUGUCUCAUCUAUUCUGGAGCCUUUGGUCCGUAAUUAAUGUCACAUCGGCGAUUGAGUUUGGUUAUUGGGAAUAUGGUAUUGCUCGAAUUCUGGAAUAUCAAAAGUUAAAGGCAGCUUAUCUAGCUAAAUAAAUCAAAUAUUUGAACCUUCACAUACAUCGAAUCAGAACCAUAGUUAACUAGACUAAACAUAAUUGACCUUUCAAUACCCGUCCGUCUUUGUCCGUGUUUAUAACAUUUUUUAUCAGAAAUUUUUUUUAGUUGGUUAACUUAUCUAUCAAACUUUUUAAAAAGACUGUCAGAAUUGGCAAUGAAUAAUUUGCUUUUCAUAAUUGGAAAUUGCGUCAGACAGGUUACAGAAAAUAACAAUUAUAACAAUAUUAUGUAUCUUUAAUAGUUGUUCCUAUUGCGAAAGUGGUACAAGCAGAUACGAUUGAAAGUAUUACAGUCAGCACCAAUCACAUCCUUUAAUAUUGUAUUUAAGACAAUCUUAUUCCUUGCUUGUAUAGAUUAUAUUUCCCAUACACAAACACGUUAUAUUACUUUCGAAUUUAUGACUUCCUAAUUAAAUGUCUUUUAAGUUUAAUCAUUACUUUCGCAUCUAAGUAAUGCUUUUUAUUUAUCACACUAUACUAUUUGAUACAGUAAAGUUUUAGUUGUAUUUUAUAUCAAAA